GACUACUACAAGAUUAUUAAAGUUCCUAUGGAUAUGGGAACAAUCAAGAAGCGACUUGAGAACAGCUACUACUGGAACGCCCAAGAAUGUAUUCAAGACUUCAACACCAUGUUCACCAACUGCUACAUUUACAACAAGCCUGGAGAUGACAUAGUGUUAAUGGCUGAGCARCUGGAGAAGAUGUUUCUCCAGAAGAUUACUGAGAUGCCCCAGGACGAGACGGAGAUUGCUGUCAUGACCGGCAAGGGACGAGGCCGGGGCCGACGGGAAGGAGGUCUGAACUUGAAGCCAGGCCCGACUAUGGAUUCUCCGUCCACCACCCCCCAGACACUGGGCUUCUCCAGCCACUCCCCAGGGCCCCAGACCAGAGGACCACCAGUGCAGCAACAGACCCAGGACCAGGGACCCCCAUCUCUACCUCCUCAGCCCCUCAUGCCAGCCCUGCCCUCCCGCGUGCCCCCAACGCUACCUGUCCACACCCAUGCCCAUGCGCCACAGCUGGGGGCCCCCUACUCACUGGGCCCGUCGGACCUACCUCUCCAGGCCCCCCCUAAGCUCCCUAUUAUGACCUCCGUGCUCCCCCCCCCCACCCAGACCACCCUGCCCCCCACCUCCAUCCAGAGCACUGCCCCCAUACUGCAGAACCCCGUGCCCAUGGCCAAACAGAGAAAGAGCCAGAAGAGGAAAGCAGACACGACCACCCCCACGGCCAACGACCAGCUGAGUGAGUCUUCUCCAGCCGAGUCCAAGUCGGGGAAGACGCUGCCGCGGCGUGAAAGCGCCAGGCCCACCAAGCUAAUCAAGAAGGAGGCUCCAGACUCCCAGCACCACCUGGGCCUCGGGAUAGGUCUCGGUCUAGGGGGACCCGGAGGACCAGGGGUAGGGGCUCAUAGCCCCAAGCAGCAGGAGCAGCUACGGAACUGCUCCAGCUUGGUCCGAGACAUGUUACAUAAGAAGCACGCGGCCUACGCCUGGCCCUUCUACAAGCCAGUAAACGUGGACAUGCUGGGGCUGCACGACUACCACGACAUCAUCAAACACCCCAUGGACCUCGCCACCGUCAAGUUGAAGCUGGACAACAGGCAGUACAGAGACGCCCAGGAGUUUGCUGCCGACGUGCGGUUAAUGUUCUCCAACUGCUACAAGUACAACCCACCCGACCACGAGGUGGUGGCUAUGGCACGCAGACUACAGGACGUGUUUGAGAUGCGCUUCGCCAAGAUGCCAGAUGAGCCCGAGGAGAUGUUGGCUUCGGCUCCUGCCCCUGCGAUGCUCCAGUCCUCCGCUCCCAUCAUCAAGGCCCAGCCUCCGCCCAUCCUAAACCCUGCCUCUUCCAUCCUAGGUCCUGCCUCCUCGGUCAAACACUCCGCUUCCUCCUCGGACAGCUCCAGUGAUUCGUCUUCUGAGUCGGAAUCCUCCACGAACGACUUGGAGGAGGAGAGAGCCCAGAGACUGGCCGAGCUACAGGAACAGCUCAAAGCUGUCCACGAACAGCUGGCGGCCCUCUCGCAGCCACAGGCCAGCAAACCAAAGAGAAAAGAGAAGGAGAAGAAGAAAGACAAGCACAAAAGGAAAGGAGCGGUAGAGGAGAUCCCGGAGCCGGCCAUUCAGUUCCCCAAGAAGACCAAGAACAACAGCAGCAGCAACAACAACAAGGAGCUCCUGCCCAAGAAGACCAAGAAACCCAGUAAGAAGGAGGGAGCUGCGGUGAAGAACAACCACUCUGCAGCCCUGGGCCCUCUGGCAGUGCUGCAGCCCCCAGCUCUGCAGCCCGUGUCGGGCUUGGGGGAGGGCCUGGAGGACGACCCGGCUGCAGCCGCAGCCCCCGGGGAGAAGGGUAAGCCCAUGUCGUAUGAGGAGAAGAGGCAGCUGAGUCUGGACAUCAACAAGCUGCCCGGUGACAAGCUGGGUCGUGUGGUCCACAUCAUCCAGUCCAGAGAGCCCUCGCUGAAGAACUCCAACCCCGACGAGAUCGAGAUAGACUUCGAGACGCUCAAGCCGUCCACGCUGAGAGAGCUGGAGAGAUACGUGUCGUCGUGCCUCCGCAAGAACAAGAAGAAGGUUCCUGUGGCAGAGAAGACCAUGGAGGCCAUGACGGCCGCCAAGAUCAAGGCCAGCUCCUCCUCUGACUCCGACAGCAGCGACUCCAGCUCCUCAGACAGUGAUGAGGAGAAGGGAAUCCCUCCUAAACAGAAACAGAAGAAAGGCCACGGGACCAACGAAGGGAAGAAGCCCCAUCUCCACCAUACCAUGUCUGGAGCUGGUCCCCUCCCCCAGGGCCACCCUCACCCCCAGGGCCACCCUUACCCCCAUGGCCACCCUCACCCCCAGGGUCCUGUCCUGCAGCCCAGCAUCCACCUGAAGCAACAACAGCACCAUAACCCCUCCCCCGCCACCUACAUGGCCCCUCCCCCGGUAACGGUCACGGCGUUGGAGUCCUCCCAGCUGCUGGAGAACACGUUUGAUUUGCUGCCCCACUUCGGCCAGCAGCCCCUCAUGCACCUGUCCCAGCACCACCACUCCUCGUCGCCUGCCGUGCCCCCCCACCUCAAUGUUCACUCGGCAGUGGGGCCUGUGUCCCCGGAGACGCACCCCUUUCUCAACCAGCACCCCAUCCACCCCAACCCUAACCCAGCUUUGCACAACGCCUUGCCCCAGCAGCCGUCUCGACCCAGCCACAGGGCAGCAGCUCUACCUCCCAAACCCCCCCAGCAGCAGCAACCAGCGACCCAGCCAACCCUACUACUACAACAGCUCCAGCCACAAGCCCCUCCACCGCAGCACCACCUCCAGCCCCACAUCCUCCACCCCGCCCCACCUCAGUCCCUGCAGCAGCGGCCCCUUUCCCCCCCCACCCUCACCCCUCAGGGCCUGAUGUCCUCCCUGCCCCCCCAGAUGCUCCUGGAGGACGAUGAGGAGGUGAUUCCGCCCUUACCCCUCAGCCAGGUGCAUCUCUACCUGCAACAGCUCCAGCAGGGACAGAGCCAGGGAAGACCUGGCCAACAACCACACAAUCCCCAGCAGAUCAUGCAGUCUCUCCAGGUUCGCCAACAACAACAGAACCAGGCUCCCCUCCUGCAGUCUGUACAGGUCCAGCCCUCCCAACCCUCUCUUCAGCCACCCCAGCUUUCAGUCCAGCUUCCCCAGCCCCAGUCCAAACCCACACUCCCCUCGCGCCAGCCCCAGCAGAUCCUACCCCCGCACCAGGUGGCCCGCCACCUGCAGCAGCAUGCACAGAUGGGUUACCCCUCCCAGGGGCCGGUGGCGCAGCAGACGGGUCAGUCAGACAGGCAUGCCGCUGCAGGGCAACACAAGGGGUCCAUGCAGUCCUCUGCCAAAGCACAGCACAUCAUCCAGCAACACCUCUCCCCUCGACAGAUCAAGGCUGAUUCAUACAACAGCGGGCACCUAAGGGAGAACCCCUCCCCCAUCAUGAUGCAUUCCCCCCACCUCCCCCAGUAUCCCCCCAUAACGCACCAGUCUCCGCCACACAACCUGCAGCCCAAGAAAGAGCAGCGUGCGCCCCCGGCCCUGGUAGGCUUGAAAGAAGAGAAGUUGCCUCCCUCUCCAGUGAUGAGAGGAGGAGAGCCCUUCAGCCCAGCCAUGAGACAAGACCCUCACAAACACCCAGAUUGCCACAGCAAGCCCUCUCUACCAGGUCACACACAGCAGAAUGUAAAGUCGAUGGACAGCUCUCGGCCGGUCAUCCGUUCCUCAGAGCCCAGCGCUCCUCCCUCCUCCUCCCUGCCAGACAAGGACAAGUUCAAACAGGAGCCCAAAACGCCCGUCGCGCCCAAAAAGGAUGUGAAACUGAAGAACAUGGGUUCGUGGGCCAGCCUGGCCCAGAAGCCCACAUCAGCGCCCUUGUCUGCAGUGAAGUCGUCUAGCGACAGCUUCGAGCAGUUCCGCCGGGCCGCCCGGGAGAAAGAGGAGAGAGAAAAGGCUCUUAAGGCCCAGGCAGAGCAGGCUGAGAGGGACAAACUGCGCCGGGAGCAGGAGAAACUACGUGGUCGUGACAGGGAUGAUGAGGAUAUCGUGGAGCCUCAGCAGCAGUCGAGGAGGGUUCAUGAGGAGCCUCGAAGCAGACGUCUGGAGCAGCAGCAACACAUCCAGGCCCCCCAACCCCAGCAGCAACCCCAGGCACCAGCCCCCCAGGCCCAGCCCGCUGCCCUCCCCCAGCCCCCACAGGCCCCCACACCGCCCCAGCCCUCAGCUCAGGACCAGCAGAGGGAGCUAGCGCGACGCCGCGAGCAGGAGAGGAGGAGGAGAGAAGCGAUGGCGGCGACCAUUGACAUGAAUUUCCAAAGCGACCUGAUGGCUAUCUUUGAGGAGAACUUGUUCUGAUGACGAGGGAACCCCCAGAAACUUAAAACUGCAAAAAUAACACAACGGAAUAAUGAAUAUGGAAUGGAACAUUUCUUAUGAAAUGGAAUCUUCUGUAUGACAUCACAGAUGGGGGGGGGGGGGGGGGUAAUGAACCAAGAUACAGGACGUGAAUUAAACAAUCCCCCCGCAGAGCAGAGAGGGUGAUCUUCAGCUGGACUGGCCCAGACUGGCAAGAUGCUACUGGGCUGUUACCUGCUCUGCUAUGCAGCCUCUUUGGAAGUAAGACGCCACAUUGAAGGAGCAACAUAAACAGGAUAUUUUCAACCAUGUUUGGUGUUGUUUCUCUGGGGAUUUGACCCUUGUUGUUGCCCCUGGCAACAACACAUGAGGGAAAGGACUCCUGGUGGUCAUGUAAUGUCACACCUGUUUGAUACUUUCACACGGGACAGAGCGAAGGAGAACAAUGUUGUAAAUGGAAGUUAAAGAUGAUAACGGAUAAACACAGUAACGGUGACAUGCUCUGAGAAACAAAGUACUGAUGCGUAUUUACAGACCGAGACCGAGGCGCUCAUAUAGACUGCCAGACAGACGUCUUUCUGAUAAGAGGAGAGGCAGAAUAAGUAUUUUUAUGUGAUCUGCUUUUUGUUUUGUUAUAGAAAGAACACAUGAAAGGAAAUGGUGGGGACAGGUGUGUGUAUAGAGGGGGAGGGAAUUAAACUUCUGACAUGUAUUUUUUUGUCAGUAGUGAGGUACAGUACAGCUUUGCCUUCUGCCUCACUCCUGUCCAUUGUCCACACAGACACAGACAGUACAUAGGCCUAUCUCUCCCUUGCCUGGGCAUACGAACAAAUCAGUAACAACAAAGUAUGGGACAGUCUGCCGGCAGCGGGAGGGAGAAAGCAGAUCUCUUUUUUCAUUAUGUAGGAUCUACUGUAAAGAGGUAUUUUCUUAUUCUAUGAUUACUGUUUAUUAGUUUUUUUUAUAUAUUUUUUAUUUUUACCUCUCCCUCCCCAACACACUUCCCCCACCGUCUAUGCCAAACAACCAUUACCUUUUUAAUGCUGAACUCCUCCCACUUCUCCUUUUUUUUUUUAUGCUUCUUUGUUCAUAUAAAGUUUUUCUUUUUUUUUAAUAUAUAAAUAGAUUUUUCCCCCUUGUCCUCUUCACCCCUCUUUAAACAAAGCAUUUAGGUAGUUUUUUUAAGAGGAUAAAACCUAAUAUAUGCAUUAUUCCAACAAGUGUUAAUUAAUUAAAGAACCAUUUGAAGUUGUCAUAUUUCAUGUUUUCUUCCUCAUCUGAAGCUGGAGCAAAACAUUCUGAUCAGUACUAGAGGCAGAGGCUCAGUCCCAAAUGGCACCUGAUUCCCUACAUAGUGCACUAGUUUAGUAGUGCACUAAAAAGAGAAUAGGCUCCCAUUUGGGAUGAAGUCAGAGUCCAGCUGUUUCUAGAGCUAUGUCUUGGUUGGUUUGACUCGGAGUUCACCAUCACUGUAACACCUUAUUGUGUAUUAUUGCGCUUAGAGACAGCUAGGAAAGUAGUCAUUAAUUAAUGGCAUUUUCCUCUUUGUAGCUGAUUCACAAACUAUUGAACCAGAGAAUCCAAUAACUAUUACUGAACUGUUUGAUUUAUGAACUGUGUUGAUUCCUCCCUAUUCCUUGCUCGUAUUUUGUCCUGGAAUUUGCAUAGUUAAAAUGAAAAUGUUACUUUAUCCACACUAGCAUACUACUUUUAAAAAAAAAUUAAAAAACAGCAAUGUAUUGGACAUGCAAUAUAAGUGGUGUGCUGGUAUGGUUAUUAGAACAUAUCCAAAGGGUUCUAAUCUGGUAGUGAGCCCGAAACUCUACUUUGUCAUUUGGGGACAACAGCAACUUUAUUGGGCUUUUAUAAGAACAGAUGAGACACUUCUUAUUGAUUUAGUUCCAGGAUGCAGCAUUACUUUUGACCAGGGCACAUGGGGUACUGUAGUGUACUAUAUAGGAAAUAGGGUGCCAUUUGGCAUUUGGGAUGUACAUCCACCCUCCAGACUUUACUAAUGCAGAGACUAAAAAAGAGCUCCACCUCCUGGCUAGUCUGUGCAUGAGUCUUGCUGUUAAUAUUAUGACUACAAUUAAUAGGGAAACUUUUAGCUGUACAAAAUUGAGAAAUACGGAAAUUGCAUAUAAAAUUUGACAAAAAAUAUGUUAUAGAAAACCCUACAAAAACAGCUCUGAUUUCUAUAUUUUUUCAUGUUCGAUUCUAGUGGAUACAUGUGAGUUCUAAUUCUGUUGGCGUCACAGGUCGAGGGUCACGACGAGUUGACCUCUGACCCGGUCCUCUGAGCUUUCUCUUAUGGUGUAAUUCUCCAGUGCCUGUAUUGUUCUAUGAUUCUAGUUGGCAUGUAUUACACUUGGCGUGGAUACGGAAGGGGAGGUGUAAUAUUUGAUGGGGAGGGAGGGAGUUUUAGGAUAAGCUUGUGUAAAAAGUCAAAGGAAAAGUCAGCAUUUUAUAUUUUACCCAUUUAACGAUAUUCAGGUUUAAAUCUAGUUUUAGCUGGUCUUCUGUGGUAUGAGUGUACACUUCACUCAACUACUUUCUAAUUUUCAAUCAGUACAGUUUUAAGUAGACAUGUCUCUGUGCCGCGCCACUUUAGCAUUUGUGUGUCAGAAUGUUUGUGUGGAUGAUUGUGUAUGUAUGAUUUUAGUAUGUGGCGCAGGGACGCAUGUGUCCCAUUGUAGAAAAGCGUUUUAAACGGGGAUGAAGAUUAAUAUACAAAAUGCUACAAGAGAACGAGUUUCUUGGCUAAAGUCAGUCAUCAUUUUGAUGAAUUCCACCAUAUAUGAAUAGCCUAUAUAUCAUUUUGUUUUGUUAGACAAGUUAUGAAAAAGUCAUACUUUUUCAUUCCUUCAAGCCUUUUAUUAAUUCCUUAAUUUUAUCCCCAUGGUAACUGAUGGAAGUUAUGUGCCAUAGAUAUGGAUUCUUCAGAAUGUGCUCAGCAGAGAGUUUGCUUUAUUCAGGUAUUUUAUUUUGUGUUACAUUUUUGGUCUUUUGUUUUUUGGGGGGGGGGGGUUGUGUAACAUUUUCCUUGAUUUAUUGUUUGGUAUGUGAGUGGUCUGUCGGUCAAUGAUUAAAUCUGUUAUGAUCAUGGAGUAAACUCAUCUCUUUUAUAGAAAAUAAAAAAUAAACAAAA